AAAAAGAAUAGCCGAUCCUCCACAUCUUCUAUUAUUAUAAAAACUACAUCAUUAGAAGAGAAGAAAAUUAAUGAUUUCCUGAAUAUCGUACAUAAAGAAAUGAUUAGUGAGAAAAUAAGAGAAAAGAUCCGGGAAAAGAACCCCAGUUCUCAAGAAAAAGUGCAGAAGAUCAUGUCAAAAAUUUCUGAAAACUCAAGUUUUAAAAAUAAUGAUAAUAUAGAUAGGGAUGUGACAACUACUACCCAGGAUGAAACGGAAUCUCUACCCAGCAAUACUAAUUUUACACUUUUAUAUGGAAAACUUUGUGAUGCAAUAAUUCUUACUGAUCCAUCGGAAAGACAAGUUGAUCCAGAAUCCAAUACUGUUAGUAGAAUUUUAAAUAAAGAAGUAAAAGCAGACACUUCUGAUAGCCUUUUACGUAAGAGAAUCAAAAAAGCAAAGAAGCUUUAUAAACUUUUUGAUGCAAUAGAUAAUGUAUCCUUUGAUUAUAUUAUUGAUGUGAGCCUGCCUCUGGCUGAGUUACGGGACGAUGAAAAAAGUUCUGUAACCCAACUUUGUUCACAAGAAACAUCUGCUUCUUCUAUCCCAUUGUCUAAUACGUCUGGUUCAGAAGAUUUGAUAAAUGAGAAUAAUAAAUAUUUGCCGGUGAAAGAGAUAAGCAUGUCCACUGGAACAAUUUCAAAGGACAAAAAGAAACUGUGA